UGCUUCUUUUAUAACAAAUGAAUACAGUUCAAUUUUCAAAUGAUCUUUUUUUAAAUAGACUGUUUUGCGCGCAGAAGCGAGUGUGUUUAUCAUGCACAUAUGCAUGUGUGGAGGGCGGAAGUAAUAAUCACUGCAAGACCGGUUGAGUUUAAUAUGAUGUUAAAGUUAGGCUUCAUCGGAGUACCUUCUUAUCUUGUAUUUUAUUGUUAAUGUUAUUAUUUAAAAAUAUGUACCUACAGUCUUCCCUUUUCAGCCCCUACCAACUGUAAUUCUGUGAUUAUGCCCGUCCUUUCAAAGAAAUUCAUGCAGUUGUUUGCUGUGUUUAAUUUUUGCAUUAGGCAAAUUCCAACCUCUACUGAAUGACCUAAAAUUUGUACAGGAAGCUGCCAUCGGAAAAAAAAAAUCACCUCACAUUUAAGCCCCAAAACACUUUAACCACGUGCACGUGGCGCCAUUGCUCUCAAAUAGAGCGCACCUGUGUCCGUUUGUCUGUUGCGAGGUCUUCAGUUCGGAAAUUAUGAGUCUUUCAAGCAGACUGGAGGUUGCACUCGCCACCAACAAUGUUACUUCAGUUUUUCAAUUUAUUACUGGGGAGAAAUCAAUGUCUCUGAUCGACCAACUGGAUGACGUUGCAUGCAGGGAUUUGCAUAAAAAUGAAUUCAAAAAUGUUACACUGAUAUUACGGGCGCUUGAACAAGUAAUCUCCAAAGACGAAGACUGCAUCAACCAACUGGUCUGUCAGGGGUUAUUGGUCAAGAUGUUAAAUUGGUUUGAGAUGGUUUGUGAGCAUCUAAAGGUGCAGCAGAAACCAAACAAGGCUCCAGUGCGGCUCAUGGAAGCGUUCUGUGAAGUGUCGAUGAGACUUUGCCAGAGCAACGCUGAAGGCAGCAUUAAGAUUUUGGAGAUUCUUAUACUGAGGUUUGGAGCUGUUGUGAUUGACCAAGAUGUACAUUUCAAUCUUCGUCUAGAGGCCAUUAAGACAAUAAAUUCAAUGCUGGACAGUGCUUCAAAAGAAACUCGUAAAAAAAUAUGUCAGUCUGAUCAUAGUUCUCUGCUAGAGGAGUUUGCUAAAGUGAUAAUUGAUGUUGGUGAUUACGAAAUGCAGGUGGCCAUUUCUGAGGCACUCUGUCGGAUGACACCAAAGAAACUAAGGGAGGAAUUGGUUAGCAAGUGGUUCAGCUACAGAAGCUUUGCUUCAACUUUCACAACAAUAAGGGUUAAAGAGUUUGAAACGGAUUGUAGGAUAUUUCUGAAUGAACUCAACAGCUAUUUUGGGAGCUCAAGAAGAGUGUUUUCAUAUCCUUGCAUAAGGGCUUUUUUAGACACCACUGAGUUGUUUAAACCUGAGGAUGAACUCUUGCAGAACUUCUGGAUAGACUUCAACAUUGGGACAUCUUGCAUUGGCUUCUAUGUAAAUGACCCACAAGAAACCCUGUGGGAACUUAUUCAUUUGCCUAAAGAAGCUGUCAGUUCAUACAACCUACAAGAAUGUGAUAAUCAGAAGAUCUUGAGCAUUCACAUGUCACUUCCUGUGUGUCAUGGAAAGAUCACUGGGAAAAUGGUGCAGGUUACCUUUGACUCUAGGCAUGAUAUUCAAACUGCUGUGAACAAAGUCUAUGCUGGCAGAGAUGAAUUACAGCUGCUAGAGACAACAAAGCAUACUGUAUUUAGUCAGGAAGACUCAGGAAUUCCAGCUACUCCGACUGAAAUUAAACAGACAUUCAUGAGUCCUUCUAUCACAAAGGCUACAAGAAGAGCUCAAGGUUCUUUUGCUCUUCAGAGUGGGCCUGGGAAACUGCCAUCACACAAAUGUAGGACAUUCCCAACAGAAGACAAAUAUUCUCUAAACACCACCAUAAAUGGUUCAGACACAGAGGUGGCACAGGCUAAAGCUGUUGUCUUUAGUCAGUCUGUCUCCUCUAAUGGGUCUGUCAGUUCUGUUAAGUCCUUUCCAUCUGCAAAAUCUACACAAAAGAGGAAAAUUAGGAUCUUUCACUCUGAAAGUGACAGCUGUCUGUCACCUGGUGAGAGAUCUUUGCUCAGACACAAACUUCAAUGUGACUACACAAGGAAAAAAACACGGCUGAAAAGUAAACUCAAAGUUCUCCCACUUUCCUCACCAAGUAGCAAUGAAGAGAAGUACUUUAAGGAAUCCACUCCUAAAUACAGACCGGAGAGAGAGAGGGGUGAAGGAAUGGCUGGGAAGCAGAAUCUGGAUCUUUGCCACCAACCCAAGAAGUCCAUUCUGGAUUCAAGGUUUCAAGACAAGACAAUUCUUGAAGAUUCUGUCUUCACAGAGGUGGAACCUGUUGGAUCUAUUGAGGUAGACAGUGUAGACAAAGUACCAUCUAUGCCAUCAGACAGAAGACUACUGGCAUCGGCAGAAUUGAAUGUGGGUUGUGAUGUUGGAGGAGAGGAGCAGCUCUCAUUCUCUACACUCAAACCCAGAAAACUUUCUAUCUCCCCCUCACUGGAGAGAGCUAAGGAAGCAAUAACCCAAGCAUUGAUGGAAGAUGAAGAAUCUGAGGCAGAGUUGAGUUCUGGAGUCAUGGCUGCCUUUGAUUCCUUUAAAGCUCAGCUUAGAGAACACUUCUCUGUAAGGUAUAAGAAGACCGAAACAAAGUCACUGAGAUCAUUGACUGACUGCCAGAAAUCUGUAUCCUCUUUGCUAAAAACAGUGCAUGAUCAAAGGCUUAUUCAUUUGGAAUGCUUCCAGAACGCUGUAGUGCAGCAGCUGGGUCAACUGGAACAGAACUGUCUUUCCUUAAAGAACAUUGAGAGAGAAACUGUGGGUUUUUGGCGGUCGGUGUCUGAUACAGUGAAAGCGUUCUGUAAUAAACAGCAAAAGAGGUUGGAUUCUCUAGAAUUACUCAGAGGGGGGGUCCAAGCGCACCAGACAAAAGCAGAGGAAACAGAAGCAAUGCCUAGCAUGUCCACAGCAGUUCCAGUUGCUGAGACCAAAAAUAAAUUAAGAGAUUGAAAAUUUUAUCCAACGACCACAGAUUCCAGCUAGAAACCACACAUAACUAUUAAAACCAUUAUUAGCAUUGCAUAAGUGAAAUAUUUGUGAAUUGUAUGACUUGUAUUCAAAUGUAUUAUCUUUAUAUCAAUUUAUAUGUUUACAUGCAAAUACAAUUUGUUUAAAUCUUGUUACAUAAUGUGUGAAAAAAUCUAGUGAAGACAAGCAUGCACAACUAAGUGACAUUUACCUUGUCUUGUAAUGGGGGGAAAAGGUAUUUUUCUUGCGACACAUUUUGCAUCCCAUUAUAAGAAGACUGUAGACUCUGAAAGUGUGGCAAUUAAAAAAGACUCAAACUCAAA